CUUAUGUAUUUGUGUACUUCUAUUUUGCAAGUAUCAUAUGGCGAUUUUGUAGAAUUCCUGACAGUCAUUCCCACAACAGGUUAUCUUCUUAAUGUUUUAAUUUCAUUUUUCCCUUUUCUAGAUUUUAGAUCAAGUUUUAUGACAACUUAAGGCCAUUAUAAAGUCCCAAACUAGACCUGAAAAAGUAAAGGUAAGAUAUGUAAAUUUGGCUACAAAAUUAGCUAAAAUGUUUACAAACAUAUGAAACUAUACUAUAUUUUUAAAAGAAAUACCUGCAUUUUCCAGCGGAAAUUAGAAAAUUUUAAAUUCAAAUGAAAGAAAAAAAAUAUGAGGUUAUUUUCUUUCUUCUAUACUUUUCAAAUUUUGUAGUCUUUUUCUUGAAGAAAUUUGGUAUUUCUUCUAGACAAAUUAGGCUCGGUCGGCCCUGCACGAAACUGUAGUAAGGAACUGUAAAAGGCAACUUUCUUCUUUUUGUUAGUGACCUUUUGCUUGAUAGUAUAUUAGGAAUUUAAUAAAUGGAAUCAUAUAAGAGUAAUGUCUAAACGUAGGGAAGAAGAAUUUCGCAAUACCUUAGAAAAUUAGAGAUCAUAUUAAAAAAGAAAAAAGAUUUUAUUUUUUAAGGUUAUUUGUUAUUUUACCGAAUAAAAAUAAAAAUUUAUGUUUAAAACAGUUAAAAAGGACAAAUAUAAAAAAUGAGUGAAUACGAGGAUGAUUUUAAUAAAAUAUAUUCUUUUAAAAGUGUCCAUGAUUGCGUUCUUCCUCAUAGUUUAUUUGAAUCACCAAAAUGGUCUAUUCCUGAAUUACAAAGAAAAAAACAGGAAUUAAACAAAGUUAAAAGUCUUCUUGGGAAAUAUCAAUUAAAAGUAUGGUCCAAACACACUGCGAACAGGGAUCGUGCAGGUUUUGUCAUAAAGAAGUUAUCGGAAGAAAUUAAACCAGAACUUCUUACACAAGCAUGGUGUAAAUUUUAUGAAAUUUUGGGUAAUUUUCCAGUUGUUCCUCUUUGUGCUGUUAGUAACAAGAAAUUUGAGAGCUUGCAUUUAUGUGAAGCACCUGGAGCUUUUGUCUGUGCUCUAAAUCAUUACUUGAUUUUAAAUUAUCCAGGUUUGAAUUGGACAUGGAAUGCAAAUACUUUAAACCCCAACUAUGAAGGGAAUGAAUUAUGUGAAAUGAUACCAGAUGACAGAUUUAUAAGGCAUACUUUGGACAAUUGGGUUUUUGGUAGUGAUUUUUCUGGAGAUCUGACAAAAUUUUAUAAUUUUAAAUAUCUAAUCAAUUUAAAAAAAGAAUCCCAGGUAUCCUUGGUUACUGCUGAUGGCAGUGUGGAUUGUAUGAGUGAUCCAGGUGAACAAGAAAAGCUUGUAGAAAGGCUACAUUUUUGUGAAACAAUAACAGCACUUAGCAUAUUACAAACAGGUGGAACGUUUGUACUGAAGAUUUUCACCAUGUUUGAAGAAACCACCAUCAACUUACUGUUUCUUUUAAAUUGUUUAUUUGAAAACGUUGCCAUUUUUAAACCCUGUACAUCGAAAAGCGGAAAUUCAGAACUUUAUGUAGUUAAUACAAAAUUCAAAGGAUUUAAUUUAAUUAAAACAAUAUGGCCUAACCUACUUUCAGCAUAUGAAGACAUCAAUAUUUUUAAUUCCAAUUCAAUGUUUGCAAUAGCUGAAAUUCCUCAAACCUUUUUAAGUGAAAUUCAUAAAUGUUCAGAUUUUUUUAUGAAAAAACAAGUCCUAACUAUCUUAGAUAACAUUCAUAACUUUGAGCACAAAAGCUAUGACAAUAUUUACAUGAUUAAAUCGUUUAUAGCUCAAAUUUAUGUUACCAAAUAUGAAUUGCAACCCAUUAAGGAUGAUUUAAAAAUUGUGCCAAAUGUGUGCGUUGCAGAGAAUUGGAGAAUGCACUCGACUAAAAAGAUCAAAAACAUAAAUUAUAUAAACGUGGAGAAUAUAAACAAAAAGAGAACAUUAAAACAUAUUUUGGAUAUAGUGAUUGGUAAAAAGAUUAAUACUGCUCAUAAUUCAAAGUUUACUCACAAUAAUAAUCUUCAAAAAGUUGUUAAUUUUUUUCGUAGAAAUACAAAACCCUCCCAUUUAUAUUAUAAUAUUGUAAAUUUGUUAAGCGAAACGAAUAACGUUAUAAAUAUAUUUGAGUUUAAUUAUGAGUCUUUAUCAAUCUUCCAAAAACAGUUUUUCGAAAGAUUAUUUGCUAGUAUAAGUAAAGAGAAAAAUAUAAUUUUAGUUAAUAUUCCUUUUAUAACUCACUUUUUAGUAGGUUUACUCUAUUUAUUGUUUUUUGUGUUUGAUACAGUAUAUAUUGGUAAUGGGAUAGUCUUCCUUAGCCAUCCAAAAUGUAAUAUCGAAGACGCUAUAAAUUUAUUUAAACAAAUACAGGAUAGUUAUAAAAUUGUGGACCAAUCUGAGGGAGAUUUUGAUAAAGAUAUCGUCCAAAUUGUGUCUCCUACGUUAUUUGAACACGGGUUUUUUAUAGAAAAACUAUGGAAUUACAAUAAUCAACUUUUUUAUGAAGAUAAAUGUUUUUUAAGCCCGCUUACGUACUUAAGUAGUUGAAAGUUAAAAAAAAAGAACAUGGUCAGUGUUAAGUUUAAAAUGUUAUAAAGUCUAAUACACAAAUAAUGAAAAUGAGUCAUCUAUAAUCACACAUUAUAACUCAAUAAAGUUAAAACUGUAAAUAACUGAAACACAAACUUUUGAUUCUUCACCAAGCAAAAUACAGAUAUCAAAAGAAUUUUAUCAGCGGGACUGGUUCACGAAUAAUUAUUAGUUUUUUAUGCUAGAAUAUAAAUUAUAUAAGGGGUAUAUAAACAGUUGUGUUCGUCAAGGGCAUUUUUAUCGAUGCCGUAGAGUGAAAGCCUCAUAUAUCAAUUUUUUAUUGAUUAUAUUAUUUUAUUCCAAUGAAUUAUAUAACUAAACUAUAACUAAAUGCGGCGAGAUAUAGCAACCUGUAUGUAAACCUAGAAUCCAUUUUGUAGAAUAUAACGUAACAGCCAUUUUAACAGCAUUAUCUAAAUUUGAUAUUUUGGGUAUAUGCAAGGAUUUCACUUUACGCGUUCUAUAUGUAAUCUUUAACUGCUGAAUUUCUUGCACCUUUGCUCAUGUAGAUGACCCAUUUUACUUGUUUGCUAGAUAUAAGAAUAAACCCCCUAAAAACCUUUUUGAUAUUUUAAUAUAGAUAAAAUAAGAAACCAAAGAGCUAAGACUUGUUAUUUUGAAUAAGAAAAUUGUAUUUUUGAUAAAUUAACAUAAAAUGUAUUCUCACUAUUUCGAAGUAUACAGGGUGUUCCGUCAUGUCAGUAUUGAAAAUGAUAAUUCCAUUGCCUAUUUGACUAACAUUUCAUAUAAACAACUAAUUUGUUUUUUUUAACGAUAAAUGGUGUUAAUUUUUAAAUAUCAAUUUUAGGUUGCCCUUUGUGAAGCCACUGCACUUUAUAAUUUUAAUCUAUUUAGUUUUAAAUUACUCUCUUAGUACUACAAUCAAACCCCAAGUUUAAUCAAAAUCGUCAAGAGAUAUUCUUAAUUUUUUUUUAAAUUUUUGUCAUAUAAAUGCCAUGACAUAAUAAUUAGGCACACCCUGUAUAUAGUUGUACCAGUAUUAAUGUUUUGAAGAGUGUAUUAAUUAUUUUGUUAGUAUUAAUAAUAAAGUAACUAAAAAAGUAAAUGAACAUAACAUUCAUUUCAAAUUUACCUUUUUUGUCCUGUGAAAUUGUAAUGGACAUCAUAUACAUUAAAUUUUGAGUAACUUUAGAGUUCAUCAGUAAUCACAUAUCCUGUCCAGAUGUUUAGUAAUGUUAAUUUGGAUUUUGAUCAUUAUACAAAGAUGUAACGCGGAAAGACUAACCAAUAUGAUCAACGACUUGAAAAACAAACACUCAGGUGCUGAUGAGUAAUGUGAUGUCAAAAUUAACAGCCAUAUCAAUCACUGUUGUAUCCAGAGAUAACAGGUUGUAUCCUUAACGAGUCCUUUAAAUCUAGUAUUUUUUCAAUGCGAUUGAAGGCUGCAAUCAUGACCUAUUCUCAAAAUAGGGCACCAUUUCCUAGUUAAAAUUUAUAAUUUUUAGUCAGAAAAUAUAGUUCACUGAGUUUUUUUGACAAAACAAAGUUACUGUAAAUCACUACAUACCUACUUAAUAAAUUAUACAAAAUAAUGGGGGUGCGUGACAAUGUACAUGACUGAUUUCGAAGUGUUAGAUAGAAACACAAUGGAUUUGUUUAAAAUUAACGAUAGCGAACAUUACUGUGAUUCCAAUAAAAUUGCUGUGUGUUCUAUAUUAAUGAAGCCCCCUAUGGAUGGAGCUUCCUUUGGAUAUUCACACAUCCAAGUACUAAACUGCGGACGACUUUGCCAAUGCCCCAUAAAUUUUAUCAGUAUAUUGAAUAUUAUAUUACAUUCUAUAGAGGUUAGUAUUUUUUC